UCACCUUAAGUAUUCAAAAUGGUCUAGAGGCACCUUUGUAGUCUUAAUUAUUUUAUUACUCAUCGCUGGUUGGUAUAUUUGGAACAGAUCAGAUGAAAACGAUAACGGGACAUCACCGCUUCUAAAAGACCUCCCUAGCUAUAAAUCCUCCUUGGAAUCUCGAGACUCUCCGUGUCUUCCCGGAGGAGUUCCUGACAGCUUAGCCAAACUGUAUGAUCUCUACAAUGAUGUUCAGACCUUUGUUAUGUUCAUCGGGUACCCUCGAAGUUCUCACAGUCUUGUAGGGGCUAUUCUGGAUGCUCAUCCAGAAAUUAUAGUUUCUCAUGAGUAUCACAUCAUAGAGCACUGGAAUUCUUACCAAGACGAAGCAAUCAGGAAAUCCGGUUUGCUGAAAUACCUCCUCUUCUAUAAUCUGCACACCUUAUCCACUUGGCAAGCCACCUAUGGUAGCCGCGCAGAAAAACCUAUCUUCAUUGAUGAUGGUAUAUAUUCUUACCAUGUCCCUGGCGCUUGGCAAGGGUCAUUCAAUGAAAAACUAAAGGUUAUUGGAGACAAGAAAGGAGGUGGAACAACAAUGGAACUAACUGAAAAACCUGAAAAGUUUGCUGCUCUUAAAGAACUCAAUGAAUCGCUUAGCAUUUCUUUAAGGUUUCUUCACGUCGUCAGAAAUCCUUAUGACGUCAUUUCCACCUGGUUACUAAGGCUUUUCAAUUUAAGACUCAAAGUGAGCGAUGGAUUACCUAAGGUAAAUAAACCAGCAGCGCUUGAUGGUUUUAUAAAGUCUUUCUUCGAACUGGUUGAGACAAAUGAAAAAAUUCGACUAACUUAUGGCAAUGCCACGGUAUUGGAUAUUUUAAGCCACGAACUGAUAUCCAAACCUAAAGAAACAAUGCUGGAAGUAUGUACCUUUCUUGGUGUCACUUGCAGUGGGGAUUAUCUUCAACAAGCUGAAAGUAUCCUAUAUGGCAAACCGUCUAUUACAAGAACAUCAGUCGCAUGGACUGAAGAACAGAAGCAGAGAGUUCAAGACGAGAUGAGAAAGUAUCCUUUCUUUCAAUUAUUCAGGUUUGAAGGCGAAUACUAAAAACAAAAUUUCCUUUACAAAAAUACUUUACUGAGUCACCCCACGGAUACGCUAAUAUGAUGAUCGUUAACUUUUACAGCCGUCCAAAGUAAUGCAAGAAACACUUGGUAUGAAAAAAGUACUAUUCUUCUUCGGGUGGCCAUAGGAUCACAAAUUGCAACCCAACAUUUUUUUCAGGUUCCCGCUCCUUUUUAUUUCUGGGAGCAGAAAGAGUGAGCCUCUGUGGAGUAAAGUGUUAGCAUCUUUUGAUUCGGAAUGCAGUGUGCCGUUAAUAAGACAAACGUGUUUCCUGAGUGUGACCAAAAGAUCGGAUGCCGGUUUUUUUUGUACGUCAACUGUCAGCUUUCAGAAUAACAUGCACUUGAAAAGGAGACGAUCAAGUCAAUACGUGAAUAAC